AUGGUAUUAGAAGAAUUGAGGUUGGAUGCGUCGUACAGAAAAUGUUGGAGGGCGAAGGGGAAGGCUCUGGAGGGAAUAUUUGGUUCUGAUGAUGAAUCUUACGAGGAUCUUCCUUGUUAUCUCCAUGUUCUAAAAGAAGCGAAUCCUGGUACUGUAACCGAUAUUAAAACUGAAGUGGUUGAAGAUGGCAGAGAAAGGUUUCUGUAUAUGUUUUUGGCUUUUGGUGCUUCCAUAGAAGGUUUUAAGAAGCUUAGGCGUGUGAUUGUUGUGGAUGGGACUCAUCUGAAUGGGAAGUAUAAUGGAGUUUUUUUGACAGCAAGUGGACAAGAUGCUAAUUUCCAGGUUUUUCCGCUUGCUUUUGCUGUUGUGGAUAGUGAGAACGACGACGCUUGGACGUGGUUUUUUGAGAAAUUAGAACGAAUCAUUGCGGAUAGUAAGAGCUUGACCAUAAUUUCAGAUAAGUGCAGCUCAAUAUACAUAGCCAAGAAGAGGGUGUUCCCUUUGUCACAUCAUGGAUCUUGUAUAGUACAUCUAGCCAGGAAUGUUAAUGCGAAGUUUCAUAGUAAAGGACUUGCAAAACUUGUGACGAAUGCAGUGUUUGCCUACAAGGUAACUGCUCAUUGGAGUAGGGCUUAUUUCCAAGGGAACCAUUACAAUAUGAUGACCUCCAACAUUGCAGAGUCUCUGAACAAUGUGUUAGGAAAGGGGAGAGGCUGUCAUAUUGUUGAACUACUGAAGUACAUUCGUGCGAUGUUAAGUUGGUGGUUUAGUGCGAGACGGAAGAAAGCUGGGAAGCAUAGAGGGUUGACUACGCCGAAGGUUGAUAAACAGAUGCAGAAGAACGUGGUUGGUGUUUGUGGUAGCAAAUACGAUAGGCUGAAAAUACCAUGUAGGCAUUCAUUGUUAGCAGCUGAUACGCAAGGCAUCCCUUAUGGGACUUUGGUCGGUGACUGUUACAAGACAGAAACAUGGAGAGGGACUUACGAAGGGAUAAUUAAUCCUGAAGUGAGUGACGCUGUUAUUCCUGUUGAAAUCAAGAACCGUGUUUUAUACCCUCCUAAGGCUCGACGACCAGCUGGCCGUCCAAAAGAGAGUAGGAUUCCUUCUGUUGGAGAGUUUCGUGUAAGUGGACACAAUGUGUAUACGUUUGUUAUGUUUCGUGGUAAGAAAAAUGGGGUCGUGAAAACUAAAGUGAAUCGUUGUGGUAGGUGCAAAAUGACGGGAACCAAUCGAUCAAGUUGUUCGAACCCGUUGCCAUAA